AAAUAUGUAAUGUAAAUCAUUAUUAUUAUUUUUUCUUUAAAUGAUGAUUCUCCACGUAACUUUGCCCAAGUAGUCACAAGUGCUGCAUAGCCGACAACUGAAAAAUUAGAGCAUAAUAAAACUCGUUUCUUACCUGAUUUGAUCUUGUCUCCUUUGCACACACUCUUUCCACUAAAUCCUUGCGAGCCGGUAUAAUUCUGUAGAUCUCAUCCGACUCUGUGCUUUGUGGUCUAGUCAACAAGACUUUAGGCAUUGUCAGGAAAAUGGAGAAGAUUACCAAUGUUAUGGAGUACGAACCCCUUGCAAAGGAAAAAUUGCCUAAGAUGGUUUAUGAAUACUAUGCAUCUGGAGCUGAGAACGAAUGGACUCUCCAAGAGAAUAGAAAUGCUUUCUCGAGGAUCUUAUUCCAGCCUCGAAUUCUUGUUGAUGUAAGCAACAUUGACACGGCCACUACAGUGUUGAGCUUUAAGAUUUCUAUUCCCGUCAUGGUUGCUCCAACAGCUAUGCAGAAAAUGGCUCACCCAGAAGGAGAGUAUGCAACAGCACGAGCAACAUCAGCAGCUGGCACAAUUAUGACUUUGUCGUCUUGGGCUACUUCCAGUGUUGAAGAGGUUGCUUCAACUGGAUCAGGCAUCCGCUUUUUUCAGCUCUAUGUCAUGAAGGACCGAAAUGUCGUUGCACAACUUGUACAAAGAGCUGAAAGGGCUGGUUUUAAAGCUAUUGUCCUUACUGUGGAUACUCCUAGGCUUGGACGUAGGGAAGCUGAUAUCAAGAAUAGAUUUGCGCUGCCACCCCAUUUGACUUUGAAGAAUUUUGAUGGACUGGACCUCGGAAGGAUAGAUGGGACUAAUGAUUCUGGACUUGCUUCAUAUGUUGCUGGCCAAGUAGAUCAAUCUCUUAGCUGGAAGGAUUUGAAGUGGCUGCAGACGAUCACUCAGUUACCGAUUAUUCUCAAGGGUGUAUUGACUGCUGAGGAUGCCAGACUAGCUGUACAAGCUGGAGCUGCAGGAAUCAUUGUGUCAAAUCAUGGGGCCCGACAGCUUGAUUAUGUCCCUGCAACUGUUAUGGCCUUGGAAGAGGUUGUCAAAGCUGCUCAAGGCAGAGUUCCUGUUUUUUUGGACGGUGGAAUUCGGCGUGGGACAGAUGUAUUCAAAGCAUUGGCUCUUGGAGCUGCUGGUGUCUUUAUUGGAAGGCCCAUUGUCUUCUCAUUGGCAGCUGAUGGUGAGUCAGGAGUUAGGAAAGUACUUCAGAUGCUUCAUGAUGAGCUAGAGCUGACCAUGGCCUUGAGUGGUUGCCGCACUAUUAAGGAGAUUACUCGUGAUCAUAUUGUUACUCCUUGGGAUCCCCUCCAUCUUGAACCCCGAUUAUAGUUUGGUCAGUCUGAAUAGCAAAGCACUCUUUUUAAGCUAGAUGAAUCCGAACGGUGUUAUGAUACGUCCAGCAGCAUUGGUAAUAAUCAAUGCUUUCAAAAAAGAAUAUAUUUUCACUACUGUCUUUUGCUCAUAAAGUCUGUACGUGUGCCUGAUUGUAAACUUUUGUCACCCACAUGUCAAACUUCAUCUAAAUGGCAUAGUGCACCUGUACGGGAUUGGAUUCCAGCAUCUGUUUCCUCUCCGUUACUGCUGAGGAAUAAAUUGUUUUUUUCCUUGUUUGUAGUGUAAGAAAAGAUAUAUUUUGAUUCUGCA